GAUGAGAUCCUUGGUGACAUCUCCAGUUUUCCUUAUGAAGAAGAAACUGUUCAACUUACUCCACUGGCUGAUGCCAAAAACAUUUAUUCCCCUUUAUACCAUGGUGUCAUUUUCUCAGAUACCUUACAAGACUGUCAUUGACAGAUCAGAAUGGCAGGAAAAGGUUGUGAAGAGGACUGUACUCAUGUCAGCAUUGAUGGCUGGAAUUGGUGGAGCUUUAAUGGCACUGAGAAUAGUGAAGAAAGACAUCAAAUUGUUUUGAAAAGUUAUUUAAUAACUGCAUGAUGUAUGAAUUAUUUAAAUAGUACAUAAUUUUAGACGA